AUGUAUAAAUAUAAGAUGUGUCAGAAAUGUAGCAAAAGCUCCCUGAGGAUGGAUAAGCACAAGUGUGCCACAGAUAAAACAAAAGUGUCAAAUAACAAACUCGAACCAGCAUAUUUGGAUAAAAUUGCUGACUUUGAAGCCUGGAUAGUUUCACCCUCGGGUGGUUCUAAAACCAAUGGACUUGCAAAAAGAUCCUCACAUAACAUUAAAUUCAUCUUAAAAUGUGUGUGUGAUGGAAUAACCAAUCAGUAUGAUGCGGGCAACCAAAAGCUCGUUGAGGAGAAGUUUGUCACACCAGCUAUGAACCAUAAAUUUCAUAACAUAAAAGAAACUUCAACCAUAAAAUCAUAUCUUGAGCAUUUGCAGUUGUACCAUCGCUUUUUAUAUGUUGAGAAACGCUCAAUAAGCCAAGAAAUGUGGGACUUAUUUCAAAUUCAAAACAGACUUUGGUGUAACACCAUGCGAGCUGCAGGAAGGAAAAGGAAUAUUGCCAAAAAAGCAGCUGACCAGGAGAAUCUGCCCACACCAGAGGAAUUAAGGGCAUACUGCAAUUCACCCUUUGUUUUAAAUAUUAAAUCAACUUUCACAUCGGCUAACAUAACAAUUAAAAUGUUAAGCCAAAUAAGGAACUUCCUUAUAACUACCAUUGCCAUAUCAAAUGCAUGCCGAGCCGGGCCACUCAUAAAUUUAGAAACUUUGCAUGUUCAGCAUGCUAGACACCACGAUGGACACUAUGUGUAUCAUGUUAUAGAAGGCCAAAAAACGUUCACUAGUAAAGGGGCAGCACAGUUGACCGUAGAUGCUGAUACACACGAAAUGGUCAAAUCAUUUCUCCGGUUAAAGCACAAGAAGUUUGAGGGGGAGUCAACAUUUGUCUUUUCUGCUAUUAAUGCUGAAAUGACUCAGCUUGGGACGAGUUCCAUCUCGCAGGCUAUAAGCAAUCAGCUAAAGGAUGCCCAGAUUGGCUAUGAGAAGAGUGCAAACUGCACAUUAUUAAGAAAGUUAACAGUGUCUGUGAUGUGUAACACCUUCCCUGAGGAAUUGAAUAGGCAAAAACUCGCCGACCACAUGAAACAUACAGUUAAAAUACAAAAAGAUGUAUACGAACUGACGGACCAAACCAAAAAUGCGGUGCAUGUGUCAAAACUAAUAGGAAACACAAUUCUUGGAAAGGUUCACAAAGACCCAGAUGAUGUGAUGAGCGAAGUAGACGAAGAAGACCAAGAAUGUCAUGAUGUGAUGGGCACAGUAGAUGAAGACCCAGAAUGUGAUGAUGAGGAUACAACAAUGGUUCAGAAGAGCAAAGAAGAUGUAAAAACCUUAAGCUCUAGAAUUGAACCAAAGGAGAAUGCAUACUCAACACUCAUAGCACAUAAUAAAGAUGAAAAUAAAAGAUUUUUGGAGACACUCUUUGGUGAAAAAAAACAGACAGUGGAACAGAGGAUGGUAAAAAGACCAGUAGUAGAUGAACCAUCUCCUAGGCAGAGGGAGAGAAAACAGAGAAUGUGCAAAAGAAAAAGAGAAGAAAAUGAAGAAAAUGAUUGGGAGCCAGGAGAUGAUGAUGAAGAUGAUGAUAAUGAUGAAGAUGAUGAUAAUGAUGAAGAUGAUGAUAAUGAUGAUUGUGUUGAAGAUUAUAAAGAUCAAAAGAAAACAAAAACUGAACCCAAAUUAAAAUGUAUGGAAUGUGGGAAAACAUUUAAUGUAAAAUGGCUCCUUGACCGCCAUGAAGAGUAUUUCAUUGGUAGAAACGUUGUUCAGAACCAAGUCGUACGAAAGACUACUAGAAGACAGAUAGAUAGUCCUGACAGAUGCUUCCUAGUCAAGUCAUACCCAAGACAAGUUGUACCCAAGACAACUCAUACCCAAGUUUAUUUUCAGUAUUAUGGGUGCAUAUUAGGAAAACAAAUUGAGUCUGUGUAAUAAUGUUUUUUAAUGUUAUGAUGUGAAUCAAAUAA